AUGAACACAUGUGCCACCGCAGACACACUGUCCAUGCUCAAGACCACGGAGCUCACAAGCAUCCUCCACAAAGGCAGCAGCGUGCUCAUGCGUAAGAAGCUCAGUGUGGCAGACACAAAGCAGCAGCCCCUCAGCGACAACGGCAUUGGUGCAGGUGCUAGUGCUGCCAUGGAAAAUGAGGAGCAGGUGAUACUCAGUGGUGUUGCGCAGAUGCAGAGCUGGCUAUUCAAGGGCAAGCUCGUGAGGUGCAUGAAGCCUUCCACACCAGUGGCAGCAGAUAACAAGGACAUCACCACGCCACUGCAAGCAAUCCUCUGCUGGGAUCUACAGCAAUGCUAA